AUGGACUACGUAAGAAGACUGUGUUCUUCAUGUAACAAACAAUUGAGACAUGUUUCCAAUGAUGAUAUAGGGUUUCAGAAUUUAGGUGAGAUGAUGACCCUGGGAAGUAAUGAUGCUGUUGUUUCUCCGAGUUUUGUUGAUGGGUUGACUUUAGAAGGAUCUAUCGGUCAUACUGCGAGAAAGAUAGCUUAUUUGAUCAGGUUACCAACAGAUGAACAUAAGCUUAAAGUGGGGAUUAGCUGGCUUACAAAAUCUGCUAUUGAUUCCGUGUCAUUACUGCAAAGUACCUUGUACAAGGUGCUUUCGAGCUCUUAG